AUGGCGCCUAGCUCCCUAAAUGCACCAAAGCGGAAACGAGGGCGACCUCGAAAAUAUACGUCUGCCGAACAAAGACAGGAGUCAAAGAUCACAGAACAGCGACAACAACGACAGGCUGCUCGUGCUAUACAGCGAACUCUAGAAUUUGAUCAGUACUACUCGACUACAGAGCACCCGUCUGCUGAUCUCGAUCCGUCCCUACCUACCUACUUUCCUCCAGGGGAACCAACGAUCCCUACAGAGCUUGAGCAACUACUUCCUCCUCCUAGCCCCCAGGGAGAACCAUACGAGCUAGCCGUAGAUGACCUCCCUGCCACCGACGAUCUCUCUCUCAACGACGACCUCCCUCUCAACGAUAUCCUCCCUCCCAACGAUGAUCUCCCCCUUAACGAUGACCUGCCUUCCAUCAACGACGCGAGCGAGCCACUUACGCGUCCAAAUAUCGAGGAAGAGCCAGAGCAUCUUGAAGAGCCAGAGCGUCCUACUACAGACGAGGCUCGUCUCAUCAGCGACUUAGCCCAGACCCUGACUGAUCAGCUCUACGAACACCAUGGCUGCUGCCGACAGUGCCACGAACAGCAACAGAGUGAGCAUGAUGCGCAGCAUGCGACGCAUACCAGCCUCGGAGAGUAUAUGAGCCAGGUUCAGACCGACGGGGGCUAG